CAAGGAGACCGUCUCGCGAGAGAGCUCGAAGGAGAACUGCAUAUGUCUACCUGGCUGCAAGCAGUGUUGACUUUUGAACUGUCAGCGCUGAGAGUGCAAUAGAAAAAAAGCGAUGUGCGCAGGCGAAAUUUGAGCAAUAACGCAAAGGUGACAUUGUUAAAGUAUGAGAAGAUAUACGAACGAUCGACACUGAAGAGACGCAUUGAAAAGAGGCACAGUGAAAGGAUAUCAAAUAGUAUCGGUGAAAAAGAGUGAUUAGUGCACCUGCCGCAGGAGGCUCGCCGCGGCGCCACACUCACAUGUUGCAUGCGAGCUGGCUAUCCAUCAUGGUCGCGGACGGGCCUCGGCUCUGAUUGGUGGGCUCUCUCGCAGCAACGGGUCACGUGGGUUAUGGUAAUUGGGCUCGCGAGUGGGCGGGCACAAAACUUCACCAGCUGCUGUCGCUACGCGUGUGCAUCCUACAUCAACACACACUGACAGUACUGUGCCGCGAGCGUUGUAAUUCACAGUGAACGCGCGAAUUUGUCCGCUCGCGGAGACCUACAUAAGUGUGUCGAGUUUCUCUCUGGGAAUAUUGCUAGGUAGAAAAAUCGCCUGCAUCCCCUUUGUUAUGUAAGAGUAGGCGAGUAACUUUGAUCGGAGGUUUCCGUGCAGCAGAGUGCAUGGUGACUGGCCUGGAAAGUAAAUCAACUGUUGUAGUGACGCAAUGAGUUCAUUCCUCAUGAAUCCAUCAACAGGAGGCGGUUAUCAUCAGCAGCAUCAGCAGCCAAUGGGUCAUCACACGUUAGAACCCAAGUUUCCACCCAACGCGGAAUACAGCGAGGGCAAUUACAUUCCGUCGAACGGCGCUGAUUUCUUCAGCGGCGCUCAUCACUUGAAUCAUCCGCAGUCUCAUCAGUUUCAGUAUGGCUAUCACGCGCAUCAUCAAGCCGCGUCCACGCCAUACGGCGCAUCCUCGUCUGUUCAACUCAAUGGUGGUUACGCUGGUUACGGGGGUUACUAUCCGUCACAUCAUCCGCCACACCAUCAGGUACAUUCGAUCCACCAUGCCAAUCUACCGCAUCAUCACGCCGUGGGUGCACUCGCGAUGCCACCCGAAGCUCAACAGCCACCGUUGACGUGUCCACCGUCGAUGCAAAAUCAACAACAGCAACCACCGCAAACUGUACCACCAUCGACGGUUCUCGGGUCGACGGCAAUGUCGCCGUCGUUGAUGCAGAACCACGUACCGCAAGAUAAUCUUCAAUCCCAUAGUCAACAUCAACAAACUCAACAGCAACCGCACGAUACUGCUGUUUGUAGUCCGGCUGGUUCGGCUAGUAUGCAUCGCGAUAACUCGCCCGAGUUACAGAAUCAACAGCCGUCGCAUCAGCAGCACCAACAAAACUUGCAGCAGGGUCAGUCGAGCUUGUCGCAUCACCCGGAUGAUGGAUCGGAUGUCGAUGAUCUUGAUGACGAUCAAACGAUGGAUGGCUCACCUGGGCUGGAAGGUGACGAUGAUGAGGAUAACGAGAAUGGCGAUAGAAUUGUUUAUGCUUGGAUGAAAAAGAUUCACGUUGCUGGAGUUGCUAAUGGCUCAUACACACCAGGCAUGGAACCAAAACGACAACGCACAGCUUAUACAAGGCAUCAGAUCCUUGAGUUAGAGAAGGAGUUCCAUUUCAAUCGCUAUCUAUCGCGCCGACGGCGAAUCGAGAUUGCGCACACCCUCGUAUUGUCAGAGCGUCAAAUAAAAAUAUGGUUUCAAAAUCGUCGAAUGAAGUGGAAAAAGGACAAUAAGCUACCCAACACAAAGAACGUCAGACGGAAAAAUGCAAACGGCCAAAGUCAACCGGCAAAAUCCAAAUCAUCGCGAUCAUCGACAAAAAAUCCAAACAACAACAGCAACCAACGUAAAAAUAAUAAUCGUUCGCCACCUCAGAGUUGCAUGGAGACUAGUCUAGAUGGCAGUAUGACGGGAUUAACGGAUGUACACGAUGUUAAACCACCGACAGAUGGAUUCAUGAACCAUGUACCAACGAAUUUUCAAGCUGGUCAGCAACAUCCACUAGCGCAUCUACAAGCACAGCUGAGUCAUUGUCACCUGGGUAGUAUGAUGGAUCCUAGUGGGCCUCCUGGUAUGGUACACAUGGGUACGGGGAAUAUCAGUCCACUCGCGCCUGCCAGUACUAGUCCGACGGGUGUACCAACGACUAUUCCGUCGGCGACUAUCAAAUCUGACUAUGGACUCAUGGCACUGUAACACACAAGUCAACAAUUAGAAUGUUGGUAAAGAAAGUGAAAGCAGCAUUUUAGAUGUGCACAGAGAUUACGGUGUAGUUUUUAAGUUAUCAAUGUGUGAGAGAAACGUGCGUUCUGUGAAUUUUUGCAGGUUUAAAAAAGGCGACACUAUUAUAUGGGACUCUGUUCAUUCCGUGCAUACAUUCUUUCUCGUAAUUUCUUGUCCCAACGUGAGCAGUUUGGUUUUUUACGUUAUCAACUGAAUUUUCAAUGAAAAAAUAUUGUUGAAUAACGAUUUGAUACAAUGCUCGUAAAGAAGAUGAAUUCCGGGGACCAGCCGGUGUUAAAUAGUGAAUAUUGAAAGUUUUAUUUGUUGGCAUAUAAAAAUCGUCCUAAUAAAGGCUUAUAAAGGUAUUGUCACAAAAACUUUUUAAUCUUGAAGAGUUCGGUAAAAGCUUUCAUUUUCUUGCACACGAGUACCGAAAUCUUAUUUAAAGGCCCUACAAAGUUCCUUCAAUAGUAACAUCUUAUUUGUUAAAAAAUUGACUUUACCAUACCGUUUUGACCAUUAGAAUUAACGGAAAUUAUUUAGGGAAGUUUCGUUGUCUUUGUUAAAAUCUCUGCUAUGGAAUGAAUGGAACCAAUUUUCCAAAAAAUUAUUUAUUCAUGUUUGUCAACCAGUAUUCCUAUGAAUAAAAUAAAGCUUUUCAUAAAAUUUAAAAAACUAGCUUCGCUGAUUUUGUAGUACAAAUACUAGCAAAGACAACGAGCCCUCCGAAAAUAAUUUCCGUUUAUUCUAAUGUUCAGAAAGGCGUAGUAAAGUAAAUUUUUUUAUAAAAGAAGAUUUUACGAUUAAAAAAACUUUCUAAGGCCGCGAAAUAAGAUUUUGGGUCUCACAAGCAAUAAAAUAAAAGCUUAUACCAAGUCCUUCAAAAUGUAAAUAGCUUCAUGACGAUAGAUUCAUUAGGACGAUUUCUUUGUGAGCGUAUUUUGAUACGCUAACAAAGAAAACGUUCAAUUUUUAUUAUUAAAUACCGGGUGGUCCCCUUAAUCUUCUCCAAAUAGACAAAUUUAUUGUAUUUUUAGAGAUAAGAAUGGUUAGUUUCUAAACAAAGAUUGCUCAUGUUUUUACUAAAUGGUCUUCUCGCUACGUUUUGACUUAUAUUAAUUAAUGACGGGAUAGUCCAGUCUCGUAACUGGUUUACAUGGAAUUUGCCAGUCAAUAAUCAUUGUGCCAUGAAUCUCGUGCAUAUAGCAGAAAAGGAAAAAGCGUGCAUUUUACUUUGCAUUUGAUUUUUUAGCAAAGUAUAAGAAAGAAAAGUGAAACAAUUUUCGUUGCGUUAGCAUUUUCAGUUCUUUUUUCUUUUCACGAUCUUACUCUCCGAAUACUUCAAAUCUUUCAAAUCUUUAUUCAGUGAUGUAAAUAAUAAGUACAUAAAGUAUGGUACAUGUAUAUAAUUGUAAAGAGUCCGUUGAUGCAGUUUUAUAAAAAUGCUCAUUCAGUGUAUGAUUAGUUUAAACGUAUACUUUCAGAUAAAAUAGAACUUAAUGGUUUUUUCUGAAUUUUCAGAAACGUUUUAAAUAAAAGUCUGUACCUUAGUAAGGUAUAUAAGAUAAAACAUUUGUAAAAUAUUCGUGACAGCACCGUUGGUGAAAAAUAUUUACAUAUAACAAUAAGUAUCAAUUUUCAUCUUUUAAUUGAGUUGUGUAUUUUAUUAUCAAGAAUAAAUUUGUUACUAUGUUGUGUUCAAGAAAAAAAUAUAUCUUCUAUAAUUAAAAACGUAGUAUCUUACUACGUAUUCUCAAACUAAAGUGCUGAAAUAAAUGGUUAUUCUCUAAUUAUUUUGUCGUAGAAUUAAUUCUUAUCAGAAUGUCAUCAUUAUUUACUUUCAGUACUACGAAUACGUUAUGCGAUGGCAUACACAAGUGGUAAUCUUUAAUAUUAUCCUUAAUGAUCUCAAAGCUUUUCAAUUUAAUUCACGACAUUAAUUAUAUUCGCUCGAAACAUUAAAAUUAUAUGUAAAUACUUAAUGGUGUAGUCGUGUCUAUAUUUGAAAUGUAAAAGAAAAAUCAUAUUUGCAAGAUCAAUGCUGACAUUAUGAUUGAAAAAGCCAUUCGUUCUAAAAUCGAGAGCUGCUAUUGAAUAAACGAGUAGAAAUCAAACAAAAUAAUGCACAGAAUCGCUGUGACGAUAUACCAAAACAAUAUUAAUUGUAUUGUACGAAAGUAGCAUUUAAGCGAAAACAACAAAAAUUAACGAUUCAAUAAAAGCACGUUAUUCUAAAAUUCUUAUAAAAAUAUCGAGGUCAGUCGAAAAUAACAUUUGCUCUCAGAACAAUUACUGAGAUUUCUGUCACCGCAAUAGACGUUUUUGGUGAGUGUUACUCUUGAUCAUCCGUCGUUCGCUGAUAAAUCUAAAUAAAAUUGCAAGAAAAAAUGAUGUACGAGUAAGCAAGUCGUCGUUUAAGUGUGACAGUGUACUCAUUUUUGUGUAUAUAAUACCUUGUAUAGGACCCGACGAUUGAUCUGCAAUAAUAUUGACGCGAUGAUACUUAUGUUUAUAUCGAUAAAACCGAUAA